ACUCCGGGAAUUCUUUCUGGAGGCAAGAUGACGCCUACUUUCCUGCUCCCUCUGCUGGGGCUUCUCCUUUGCGGGGAGGGGGGCUUUUGCCUUGUUCCUCCCAAUAAACUGCAGCAAAUGUCUGAAACGGGGAGCAAGUACAUCGACAGUGAGGUGGACAAUGCCAUCAGCGGAGUCAAGCAGAUGAAAAUCCUCAUGGAUGAAACAAAUAAAGACCACCAGAAGAUGCUGAACACCUUGGAAGACACAAAUAAGAAGAAAGAGGAGGCCCUCCUCCUUGCCAAGGAGACUGAGCAGCAGCUAACCACAAAGCAGGAGGUUUGCAACGAGACCAUGUUGGCCCUUUGGGAAGAGUGCAAGCCGUGCCUGAAGCAGACCUGCAUGAGAUUCUACUCCAGGACAUGCCACAGCGGUGCUGGCCUGGUCGGCAGGCAGCUGGAGGAGUUUCUAAACCACACCUCUCCUUUCUCCAUCUGGGUGAACGGAGAGCGUGUUGACUCCCUGAUGGAUGAGACUGAAGAGCAAGGCCGGAGAUUGCAUGACCUGGAGGAACGCUACAGCGUGAUGGCGGAUGGUGUGGACAACCUCUUCCAAGAGAGCAGGCUGGCCUCUGGGCGUCUCUCCCCCUCCUUCAGUAUCUUCCCAAAUAACUUCUGGAAUCCUUUCAGUGGCAUCAGCUUCCCUUUUACUCGGCCCAGAGUUGCCAGAAGCGCCCACUCUUUCUUUCCAAGCCGUCUGUUCCCCUCCCAGCUAUUCCAGCCAUUGCUUGAGGCUUUUGAGCACGAUCCGUGGCUGGGGGGAAACCACGGACGUUGGCUGGGUGGAUUCCCAACAGAGGCGCGCAAUUUCAGCAACGACCGCAUGGUGUGUCGUGAGAUCCGACGAAAUUCUUCAGGCUGCCUGAGGAUGAAGGAGAAGUGUGAGAAAUGUCAGGCAAUCUUGGAUGUGGAUUGCUCCCAGACGGAUCCAGAUCAGAGCCGGCUGAGGGAGCGUUUUGAGGAGGCCCUGCGGAGGGCUGAACAGUUUAGCCGGGUGUACGACAACCUCUUCAAGACCUUCCAAGAGGACAUGUUCAACACCACGAGGCUUCUUGAUCAACUCAAUUCCCAGUUUGGGUGGGUCUCUCGCCUGGCCAACCUCACCCGGAACGACUACAGGCCUCUGCGGGUCACCACGGUUCUUUCCAAAUCCUCCAAUCCAGAGGAACCAUCCAGGCCAUCUGACACCGAGGUGACCAUCCAGCUCUUUGACUCGGAGCCUCAGCAGCUGACUGUGCCAGGAAGCAUUCCUUGGGAGGAUCCCAGGUUCAUGGAAAUAGUGGCAGAAAAGGCACUGCGCCAUUUCAAAGACAAUGAAGUGAUGUAGCCAUUUCUGCUGCUUGGAUCUUUGGCCACGACAAGGGAAACAAAGAAGCCAUAGCCUUCUGCCGUUCCUGCCUUCCUGCCUCGUAGCUGUCCUAGCGCCACAGCGGAGCUGCGCCCACCAAAUCCCAUCUGUUUGCACUUGUAGUUCAUACACUGUGUCGCCUGCCCUACUUUUGCUGCUGGGUCUUGGCUGACCCAAAUCUGAAAUAAAAAGAUUUAGGCCUGACAUUGAA